AUGGCGUCGGCGGGACUUUUGAUGGCUACUGUGUUUUUUGAUAUGUGGAAGGCGUCAAGGAAGAAUGGUUCAUUACGGAGCGACGGGCGACAGACGUUCUUUGAUUUUAUUCGACCUAGUGAAGUCCUGACUCUGUCCUUUACGGCGGCGGUACUUGUUCAAGGCGUGGUUCUGGUUAUUAUCCAGUCAAUGCAGCUGUCUCCAUCAAUUGGUGAAAACUGCGAUACAUCUGGACAGAUACUCUUCCCAGCAUUGUGGAUAGUAGGGCUCGUUAUACUCGUCUUCGGAGUCGAAACGCUAUACCGAGGUUUCCAGAAGAACAGGUUUGCACCACGCAAGAAAAUGGCAUUGUAUAUCUGCUGGGCAGUGGUAGCUUUGCUCACGUUGUUUACCUGGAUUCCAACCGCAGCCCGACGAUCCACAUUCAGUAAAUGUCGAUUUGGCUUACUUACAAUUGUGAUACCGUGGAGUGAUGUUGCACUCGUGAUUACAAUCGUUUUGAUCGUAUUGUAUACAUUGAUUGCAUCGUUAAUAGCAACACAACUGCUUCGUUCACGGGGCAUUGAUGCAAUGGAGAGACUUGCUGCGACGCAGAUGGUGUAUUAUCUAGCAAUAGCCACUGCAGUUUUUACAUUCUUUUUACCUUUCUGGGUGAAAAAUACACUCCAAAUACCGCGAGGAAUUACUCCAAUGAUGGCAGUGGUAUCGAUCAACGUGAUUGGAAUUGUUGUGUCAUUCUUCCAACUAUUGUUUCGCUCCUAUACCGAAAGCAUGACUAUCGGACACGAACCGUCUAAGAAAUUCCGCUGGGACAAUGGACUGAAGAGGAAGAUUUCAUCACCAAUUCCAAUUCCCCAGGGCGAAUAUACUGCUUCCGAUAGUGGGGUGCAAAAAGAACCGUCCAAACGAAGGAGCUAUUUCAGUCGGAUGAAUAUCGACAAAUCCUUACCACCGACGCCAACAGUCAGACAAAAGUCCACCAACCCCAAAGCCUCCUACUCAAUUUUCCCUACCAAAGCCAGUGGCCGUAGACCCAGAUACCCGGCUUCAAGCAUUUAUGAAGAUGACAUCUUCCUAAUCCCACCUCGUCCUGCAUUCGCAGCACAUAAUCGCAAUUCAUCCGAUGUCAGCCAUGCAACGGUGCAAAUCGGAUUCCGUCUAAGCAAUCUUGAUCCUCCACCAGCUCCGCGAGAUACUUAUAGAGAGUCAAGACUUGGUCCAGCAAUGGGCACUGCUUCAAGGACAGACUCCCGUUUCCUUUCUCCUCAAACAUUUGUUCCAAACGCAAAUAACAACCACAUAUCCGCAACAUCUCUCGAAGUCCCCGUUACACUUCGAUCGCCAGCUACAGAGCGUCCCGACGUGACAUUCCCCCCUCCAUCAGCCUCUAUUCCUUCGUCUUCAUCCCCUCGAGUUUCACGAGCAAGAUCAAGCACCCAACCAACCCCAACCCCAACCAUCACCAGCGCCGGACCCAGAUCGCCAGCAGUCUACAGAAAACUAGACGAUCUUCAAAAAAUGUUAGAAGUAGACCUCCAAGCUGCACAAAGAGCAGCAGCGGAUCAUGAAGCCUGGCCACUGAGAAAUUCGUUACCAGACAUCUUGCCAAAGUCGACAUAUCAUCCUGAUGAAUAG